AUUGGCAGAGUGCUGUUGGGUGACGGGGUGGCCGCGGUGCCCUGGGCGGUCAUUUCCCGGCCAGGCCCUGCCGUGGGGGGCCGGGCCGGGCCGUGAGGCGCUGCCUGUUGCCCGGGUGACGCGGCCCGUCGGAAGUAGCGUAGGGCGGGCGGGGCGAGGCUUCCGGACGCGCUGUUGCAUCAGCUUGGGAGCGAGGGCAGGCGGAGGCAGCAGCUGCAGCACCGGGAUGGCAGCAGCCGCCAGCGCCGAGCACGCUUCCAGCUACAGUUUUAUUCUGAGCAUUAGUGAAGAGGAAGCCAGGGUGAAGGCUCUGAACGAGUACCUGAGCACUCGUAGUUAUAUCCAGGGGUUCACAUUUUCACAUGCAGAUGUGGAGGUGUUCAGAAAGUUUUCGGGGCCACCUGUGGACCAUUAUAUCCAUGUUGUCCGGUGGUACAGACACAUAGAAGCAAUCUAUGAUGGCAGCAGUGAAAAAAAUGAGCCUUAUAAACUUCAAACAAGUAAAGGCAAACGUGUGCAGCCCCCCUGGUCUCCCCCUGAGGGGACAAAACAUUCCAGGCUCUGCCUCUACAACAGCCUGACUCGAAGUAAGGAAGUAUUUCAGCCUCAGAAUGGAAAAAAGGUCUUGUGGUAUUGCUGUGGUCCAACAGUUUAUGAUGCUUCUCACAUGGGACAUGCCAGGUCCUACAUCUCAUUUGAUAUCCUGAGAAGAAUCUUGAGGGAUUAUUUUAAAUAUGACGUUUUCUAUUGUAUGAAUAUUACAGAUAUUGAUGACAAGAUCAUUAAGAGAGCAAGACAAAAUCACCUUUUUGAACGAUAUAGAGAGAGCAAAUCAACACCAGAUCAGCUACUUGAAGAUAUUAGAACUGCCUCAGAGCUGUUUUCAGCUAAACUAAAUGAAACAACAGACCCAGAUAAGAAGCAAAUGUUGGAAAGAAUUCAAAAUGCAGUGAUGUCUGCCUUUGACCCUCUUCAAGAAGCUCUCCAAGUAAAGCUCCCUGCUGAAGAGAUCAACAGAUGUCAUGAAACGCUGUUGGAAGAAGCCAAAGAUUUGCUGUCUGACUGGCUGGACACAAAAUUUGGCAGUCAGGUGACUGACAAUUCCAUAUUCUCAAAGCUCCCCAAAUUCUGGGAAGGGGAAUUUCAUAAAGAUAUGGAAGCACUCAACGUUUUACCUCCAGAUGUUUUAACACGGGUUAGUGAAUAUGUGCCAGAAAUUGUGGAUUUUGUGAAGAAGAUUGUGGAUAAUGGUUAUGGGUAUGUGUCCAAUGGAUCUGUAUACUUUGAUACUAUGAAGUUUGAUGCCAGUGAAGAACACUCCUAUGCUAAGUUGGUGCCUGAAGCUGUAGGUGAUCAGAAAGCUCUUCAAGAGGGUGAAGGUGACCUGAGCAUCUCAGCUGAUCGCUUAAGCGAGAAGCAUUCUCCAAAUGAUUUUGCUUUAUGGAAGUCCUCCAAGCCAGGAGAGCCCUCGUGGGACUCUCCAUGGGGAAAGGGUCGUCCAGGUUGGCACAUUGAAUGUUCUGCCAUGGGUGGAUCCAUUCUAGGAGAGUCGAUGGACAUUCAUGGAGGAGGCUUUGAUCUCCGAUUUCCUCACCAUGACAAUGAACUGGCCCAGUCCGAGGCAUAUUUCGAAAAUGAUCACUGGGUUCGGUAUUUUCUGCAUACUGGUCACUUAACAAUUGCUGGCUGUAAAAUGUCCAAAUCUUUGAAGAAUUUCAUUACCAUAAAAGAUGCACUGAAGAAACACACAGCACGACAGUUACGGCUGGCUUUCCUCAUGCACUCUUGGAAGGAUACACUGGAUUAUUCAAAUAAUACCAUGGAGUCAGCUAUUCAAUAUGAGAAGUUUAUGAAUGAGUUCUUUUUGAAUGUGAAGGAUAUUCUUCGAGCUCCCACUGAUGUGACAGGCCAGUUUCAGAAAUGGGAAAAUCAAGAAGUAGAGCUGAACAAAAAUUUUUACGAGAAGAAAGCAGCAAUUCAUGAAGCACUGUGUGACAAUAUUGACACCCGCUCUGUCUUAGAAGAAAUGCGCUCGUUAGUCAGCCAGAGUAACUCCUAUAUUGCUGCAAAGAAAUCUUCCAGACAGAUGCCAAACAGACUUCUUUUAGAAAACAUCAGCUCCUAUCUCACUCAAAUGCUAAAGAUUUUUGGUGCCAUAGAAAGUGAUGAUGCAAUUGGUUUUCCUGUUGGAGGGACUAGUCAAAACAAAAAUAUUGAAUCUACAGUGAUGCCAUACCUCCAAGUUCUUUCUGAGUUCAGAGAGGGAGUGCGACAAAUCGCCAGAGAGAAGAAAGUAACUGAAGUGCUGCAGUUGAGUGAUGCUCUUCGGGAUGACAUCCUGCCUGAACUUGGAGUUCGAUUUGAAGAUCAUGAAGGACUUCCAACUGUGGUUAAAUUAGUGGAUAAGGAAACAUUAUUGAAAGAAAGAGAAGAAAAGAAAAAGGUAGAAGAAGAGAAAAAAAGGAAGAAAGAAGAAGCAGCCAGGAAAAAACAACAGCAGGAAGCAGCAAAACUGGAAAAAAUGAAGAUUCCACCACAUGAAAUGUUUAAAUUGGAACUUGACAAAUAUUCCAUGUUUGAUGAAAAUGGAUUUCCCACCCAUGACGCAGAAGGCAAAGAACUUAGCAAAGGACAAAUUAAGAAGCUAAAGAAACUUCAUGAAACCCAAGAAAAGUUACACAAAGAGUAUCUACAAAUGGUUCAGAAUGGAAGUGCAAAUUGAAAACAACAGGACUUUUUAUUUAGAAGGCUAGUGCUGGGUUCCCAUUGAAGAAGUGAGCAUAUACUGAUGUUCAAAUUUCUGUUUACAGUUUCUAUUAUGUGCAAAGUAAAAUUCCUGUUUACGUGGGUUAGUAAUGUCAUCUGGAAAUGUAAUAAAAAUCCAUCAUUAAAAAAAAAGUCAACAUGUAAGAAGUUUCUUCUCAAUGAUAGCAAAUGUGGUUGCCAGUUCUGUUUGUGGAGGUGCUGCUCAGUCAGCAAAUCCACAUAAGGAUUCUUGUUCAUUCUAGCUGUUCAGGCUUUGGUUAAUUUGUUCUGCAUACUGAUCUCUAUCUAACACCCAAUGUUACAGUCAGAAAAAUUUAUUGCUAAAUGGGAGCUGAGUAAUUUGCCCCACAGUAAGAACAACAUUUUCCAGAUGACUUUAGUAUCUUUACAUAAGUAGAAAAAGUGGAUAGUUCCAUUAUGAUACUUGUUCUAGCUGCUGUUAUUAAAAACUCUCAUAAGUAUACCCAGAACACUUUGCAUAGUAGAAGUUAACAGUCCCUUUGUUGAAAAAGGGAAGAGAUCAUCAACCUGCAAUUGCAGUCAAGUGGGUAAGUACAAGGCAAAUGACCUGCAUUGAACAAACAGGUGGAAAAGACAUGAAGGGCUGAUGGCAGAGGUGAUGUGUUCUUGGAGCUCUCCCUUCAAGGAAACAGGAGCGCUGCCAAAGUACCUGAUUACCCAAAGUACUCAGUACCUAAUUACCAGUUCAGAGCCAUGGGGAAUUAAGAGGGUUUCCUACUGAUACACAGUUUGUGGAUUGAUUUGCAGUUAGGGAAUACAGCUAGACAUUGCCCUGUAUUCAAGACUGAUGUUUUUAACAUGAUGAUUUAACUCUCUGCAGGGAGAGUUCUUUGUGGCCUAACAAUGCAUUUCACUGGCAGAAGCUACUAAAUGAGCUAAAGUUCAUGAAAUCCUAAACAAUAUCUCACCUGCUUCGCAGCUGCACAGAACAGCCAAGUAUCUGAUUUGCAGAACUAUAUUCAUUCAGUAUUCUCAAGGUGACUUGCAGAAAGUCAUCCUGUGACACCUCUGUUUUCUCAACUUCUAGGUUUGUGCUACAAUGAAUCAGGCUAUGUUCCUUUCCUUAAUUAAGACUUAAAACAUCUUUGCUUUUCCUUGAUAUUUUUAUAUUUCUAUUCCUCCUUCUGAGGAAUGAAUACAUUAUUUGGAGUAACAGAAAGGUCUAGUAGUGUUUUUUUCCUAAUUUGUCUGUAUUUGCCUUAUUUGAAAACAUAUAUCAUGUUAAAGUCAGUAAAGCAGAUGCAUCUUGUGUGCAGAAAAUAAAAUCUGUUGUAAAAUA